CUCCGGCCAAGUUGGGUGAGGAGGCGGCAGGAGCGCGCGCGCCCCUCCCCCCUGUCCUGGGGGUGGGGGGGGAGAGAGGAAAAAAAAAAAGAGGCGGGAACGCGCUCCGUCUCCCCCUCGGCGCCCUCCGCGGCUCCCCUUCCCCAGCCCCGUGAGGGGAGUAAAGCGAGAGCGAGUGGCCGCCCAGCGGAGCCCGCGCUCCGGCCGCCGCUGCCCCCUCAGAGUGUGCACACGUGGGAGUGCAAAUAUUUCUAAAUGAAUAAUCGAAAGGAAGACAUGGAGAUUGCCUCCCAUUAUCAUCAUCUCCUUCAAGAACUCAAUGAACAAAGGCAGCAUGGUAUCCUCUGUGAUGUUUGUAUUAUAGUGGAGGGAAAGAUUUUCAAGGCUCAUAAAAAUAUUUUACUUGGGAGUAGUCGUUACUUCAAGACAUUGUAUUGUCAGGUGCAGAAGACCUCUGAUCAAACAACAGUCACUCAUUUAGAUAUUGUAACAGCACAGGGCUUUAAAGCAAUAAUUGACUUCAUGUACUCAGCACACCUUGCAUUGACCAGCAGGAAUGUUAUUGAGGUGAUGUCAGCUGCUAGCUAUCUUCAGAUGACUGAUAUUGUGCAAGCUUGUCACAAUUUCAUAAAGGCUGCUCUUGACAUAAGCAUAAAGUCUGAUGCAUCGGAUGAACUUAUUGAUUACGAAUUUGGGGCUUCCUCUAGCAGCAAUACAGAUGCUCUGAUUUCUGCUGUGGUAGCUGGUAGGAGCAUAUCUCCCUGGCUGGCUCGAAGGACAAGUCCAGCAAACUCCUCUGGCGAUUCAGCUAUUGCUAGCUGUCAUGAAGGAGGAAGUACAUAUGGAAAAGAGGAUCAAGAACCAAAAUCAGAUAGUCAUGAUGACAUUUCAUCCCAGUCUCUUUGGUCUAGUGAUUUGGGCUAUGGGACUUUGCAUAUCAAAGAAGAACAGAUCUCUCCACCUCAUUAUGCAGGAAAUGACUUACAGUCUGCCAAAGAUAGUGCAAUGCAGAAUGCUUUCUCAGAACAAGCAGCUUCAGAUGGGUGGCAGCCUACAGGGCGUAGAAAGAAUAGAAAAAACAAGGACACUGUGCGCCAUAUUACACAACAACUUGGAGAUGACAGCAGGACAACCUCACCGGUGCCACCCUUUCUGACUGCCCCUGGAUGGCCGUACAGUAAUCAAGAAGCAAGUGUGGAUCUGACAGGGGCAGAGCCCAACAGUUCUGACAACAGAAUAGAGAGAGUGGAUCUUUAUGCAAAUGUUGAUGAAGCACUCCUAGGAGGUGAAGUGAGUUAUCUCUCUCAGCCACUUACUCCAGAAAAAGAGGAUGCACUUCAGGCUGUAGCAGUUGCUAACUUGCGAGCAGCUCUUAUGAGCAAGAAUAGCUUAUUGUCCUUGAAAGCUGACAUGCUGGGAGAAGAGAGUUCUCUGCUCUUUGAAUAUUUACCCAAAGGCACACAUUCAUUGUCUUUAAAUGAGUUCACCGUGAUCAGGAAGAAGUUCAAGUGCCCAUACUGCAGUUUCUCAGCCAUGCACCAGUGCAUCCUGAAGAGGCACAUGCGGUCCCACACAGGAGAACGACCCUACCCGUGUGAAAUUUGUGGGAAGAAAUUCACCCGCCGAGAGCACAUGAAGCGGCAUACCUUGGUUCACAGCAAAGACAAAAAAUACGUCUGCAAAGUGUGCAGCCGAGUAUUCAUGUCUGCUGCUAGUGUGGGGAUCAAGCACGGUUCCCGUCGGCACGGCGUGUGUACCGACUGUUCCGGCCACAGCGUGGCUGGCCACUUAGAUGCCGGUGGCCGAGACGGGUCCCCCGAUGGAUUGUAUGGCCCAGACGGCCCAUACACUGAAGAUCCUGAUGAUCUCAAGGCAGAAGGCGAUGAAGACGUGGGGGAGGACGACGAUGUGAAGUGGAAAGAUGAGAUAGAGAUUUCACAAGACGAGGCAAUCUUGGAAAAUGACAAAGAUGGCGCUGACUCUCCCCCAGAGCAAGAGAACUCUGGGGAGACUGACAAGGAUUUCACUUGGAUUUCUUAGGGAUUUUUGGCUUUCCCUGGUCGGCUUGGGAAGCGCAGGGAGGGAAGAGCUGUGUCGGAAAGACUCAAGUGGCCUGGUCAUUGUCCUGUGUAUAGAAAUGUGUUGUGUGUGAAGACUUUUUUUUAAAGAACAUCUGAUAAGUUCUCUAUCUGAUAUUGCAUCAGUGAGCAUUUCCCAAGAUGCUGUCACUUCCUUCUUUUAAAUCCUUCCAACAGUGCUUAAAAAAAAGAAAGAAAAAACAGCCCUCAAUUGGAAUCUUUCAACUGGAACCUACCAGGCGAUAUGCAGGCAGCAUGGAGUUUCCUCUCUCAAAUGUUUUUUCCACGGUCAAUUUAAAAUACAGAGAACAUUUGCUUCUCAAACAAUAAUUAUAAAAAUGAUUUUAAAAUAACUAGCCUCCCAGCAGCAAGGGACGUGGUAUCAAGGUUACCAGUGGUAAACAAAACAGUGGGAGCAUUUGAGAGCUCAGCCGGAAAGAACAAUAGGUUUUACAGUUUGCAGCCUUCACUAGACCGAAGUGGGUUGAUCAAAGGAUUAAUUUAGCCCACUGGCGUUUGUAACCUAAGGCUGCCUACAUUUAUAGGUUGCUUGCUGACAGGGAAGAGUGAGAAAUACACUCCUCAAAUGUGCCCCCUGGUGGCUAGGUCACAAAAAUCCACUUUUCUGUCUUUUCCACGUGUCUCUUUUUCUCUCAUUCAGAGGGACAUACGCAGUGUUUGAACUGUGGCAGUGUGAGAAACCAAAGGAUUUUCUUUGCCAAGCUCUAUUAAGAAAUAGCUGAGGGGUUGUUCCUAAGCCUUAGAUGCAUCGAGUCGCUAAAUCAGCUAUGCCGAUCCCUGCUAUUGUGUCAGUUGAGCAAUCUGUACAGAUCACCUGUGGCCCAAUCCCUCUUGAAGAGUAAGUGCUUAUCAUCUCAUGGGGGCAUGGUAAUAUGGCAGGAUCCACCUGUAUAUUAUCCUUUGUUAGCCCCCCCUAAAGCAGUCCACAAGACCACACCAGUACACCAAGUUCAUUUUGAGCAGUAAAAUUCCAUUUAGUCUCCCAGCCCUGUCACCAGAUGACUUCGGUAGCCCUAAGAAAAAAAAUCUCACAGAUUUCUCCAAAGGCCUUUGUACCUCUUUCUCUGGAGUUUUAGGAUCUGUACAUUUGGAGAAGCAGCCUUCUGUAUUUAAACAAGAUGUUCCUUGUAUACCUUUCUUCUCUGGCUGCAAGCUUGGGUCUC